CGGGUGACGCGCACCUCUCCUUGCGCUUUGCUUCACGUCUCGUGCUGGCUAGGGCACGAGCGCAGCAUCGCUGCUCUUCAUUCCUGAAGAUCUCUGAUCGGUGCACGAGUGGGUGGAGGACGUCGCCGUUACUAUUGCUGCCCUCGCUGAAUGGAUUACUGAUUUAGAAGACGUGACCUUCUCCAGCGAGAACCUCGAAACUCCUUUAAGGCGCCAUGGCCUCCGACGAGCUGGCUAAUAAGCUCACCCGCCGCUUGAAGAUAGAGGAGGGCGCCGGGGAGCCGGCUGCUUUGGCCCGGGAGGAACCGGAGGGGGGCGGCCACACUGAGUCGAAUAAACCGGCGACCGCUAAUGCGGACACAGAGCUUGGGGCCAAACUGAUCCGACGUGCGGACCUGAACGACGGACACGGAGAGCCGCAGCAGCCCAGCAAGAGAGUGUUCAACCCUUACACCGAGUUCAAGGAAUUCUCCAGGAAGCAGAUUAAAGACAUGGAGAAGAUGUUCAAGGACUAUGAUGCAGGGAAAGACGGAUUCAUUGACCUCAUGGAGCUGAAGCUGAUGAUGGAGAAACUAGGAGCACCACAGACACACUUGGGCUUGAAGAAUAUGAUUAAAGAAGUAGACGAGGACUUUGAUGGGAAGCUAAGCUAUCGAGAGUUCCUGUUGAUUUUUCGGAAGGCAGCUGCUGGUGAACUGCCUGAAGACAGUGGUCUUCAUGCAUUGGCCCGACUGUCUGAGAUCGAUGUUUCCACAGAGGGAGUAAAGGGAGCUAAAAACUUCUUUGAAGCAAAGGUCCAUGCCAUCAAUGAGUCAAACCGGUUUGAGGCUGAGAUCCGUCAGGAGCAAGAAGAGAAGAAGCAGCAAGCAGAGGAGAAGAAACAGAGGCAGGCAGCCUUUAAGCAGCUACAGUCAGCCUUCAAAUGACACACAAAGCGACUUUCCCAUUUUGUUUUCCUCAUUUACAUACAAAAGAAAAAUACUAUCACAACCCUACAUCUUAUAUCUAGGGGGGCUUGUUAAGGGGUGGUAUGCCAGAGCAUUUUGAGGAUAAAACUAUGGUGGAGUCUGUGGGCUGCCCCUGCAACAAGUGUCAAAAUAUAGGUUUUGUGCCAUUAACGUCAUUCUGUAGUGUGUCAUCACAAGCAGCCAUUCUCCCAAAGGUUGCACUGUCUGAAUGCAUCUCAGGUCAAAGUACAGAAAGCUGUUCCAUUCUGUGUAGGACUUCUGCUAUGCUCCACUUUGUGUCACAGGACUUGUCAGUGCAUAUCUUUACAGUUUUGCCUUUUGUUGUAAGUUACUAUCCUCCUUUUUCUGCCCCUAUUAAAUAGGCCUUAAUGUUUGAAGGGCUACUAGUGACCUCUGGUCUGUGGAGACAGUAUGGCAGCCACCACUUUGCAGCGGGUCUGCUCUUCACAUAGACCUUCAGCACAGACACACAUGAAUAUAUGAUAAUUGAAGCACCUGGUGGUCUUGGCUGAUGUUAUCAUUUUUUUAAUUUUUGAAAAACCUCCAUCUCGGUUAAUGAUCAAAUUAAAAUUUCUUCAUAGAAAUAAAUCUUAUCUUCUAAUUGGGCCAAACAGGAAAUUUUCUUGCUUUUUUAUUUUUAUUAAAUGUUAUAUGCUGUAUACUGUCCCAAAAUCAGUGUGACUGGGUAAGGAAGUUGGCAGCCCACCCUUUCCUCUGAUGUUUGAAUGUGCUUUCUGCUUGACAGGCAAAUUACCUUUUUUGCCCCCUUAGAUAUCAAUGGAUGUUGGAGUUGUCAUUUCCUGUGCCUACAGGAGCGCUUCUGGGAAAUCUGGAGCGCAUCCAUGAUGCUUCCUGCUGCCUCUCAAGUUCCAUGACAGUCAUGGACUACAUUUCUGCUUUGGACAGUGACAGUUUGUCAUAUAUGCACACAUCCACAAAAGCUUGUGAAAAACAAAUGAAAAGCUACUAGUUUAAAGUAAAUGUCUAAAAUUCUUUAUAUUUUUAAAUGUGCAGGUGGGUGAUGGGUUGAGAUUAUUGCAUGUGAUGGAGCACUCAUAAAUUUCACAUACUGGGCUAGUCUGAGGUUUAUAGCUUUACACCCCCAUCUCUGGAAAAUCUGUUCUGCCUUCACAGACACUGUUAGACUGCUGAGUGGUCUUCAGAUUGUCUGCGAUUGGCCAUGGAAACAUAUCAUUACCUGCAAGUUGAGUAAAUAAUAUGGAGCAUUUUCUGUUUGUCCUGCUUUACAUGUACUUAGUUCUUUAUACAUUAGAACAAUGAAAGCCUCAUCUUAUUUUUAUUCUAAAUGGUUAGGAGAAAGACUCUCAGACAAGGGUGGUCAUACACACUAACUAGUGAAGGCCUCCACUGAGAGAGUGAAAUCAGGGGGAUCCAUGUGAGGAAGAGGAAAAGAUUAGAAAAACCCUAAUCGAGCAAUUUGUGGAGCUCUGGCUCAUUUAGCAAGUAGUUCAUGUGCUGAAGUGUUCAUUUUAAGGUGCAGGUGCAAUUUGCAUAAGAUCAGCAUGAGAAUGAAGUCUUCCCAUUGUUCAUACGGCAGGGUGGUAGACAUCCUGGCCCAUGGUACCCUCACCCAUCCCCACAAAUUGUACUGAGCCAUAGCAGAGGGAUGGAUGAACUUGAGUUGCAGUCCACUUUGUGGCUGCCUUAUAGACAUUCAUCAGAACAUCUUUUGUCUUGUGUGUCUCAAAUAGUUGGCACACUGGCUGUGAAUGCAGAGUACCACUCUUAUCAUUUCACCGGUCCACCUAAGCCUCCAGCCAGACUUUACAUUAUCUGCUCCUGCUUGGCUUGUGAGGCACUUCUUAGUUGGUUUUAUUGAUCACAAAUUUAUCUUCUUGUUGUCAAUUUAAACAGUCUUUUAACGCUGAAUUUCACACCCAUAUUUAAGUAGUUGAGCAAAACUACAAGGUAGUGUGAUUUAAAAAAAACACAGAUGCGUGUGUGUUGUGCUGGGGUUUAUGUUUUACAGUAAAAAAAAAUGUUCAAAGAAAACGUGGCCAGUUUUCCACUAAUACAAUUAAUUUUUACCUGUUAGCUGGACAUUUCCAGUGCAGCCUGAGUUGCUCAGCUCAGGCUAGUUUAAAAAUCUCCAAAAUCUCCUGAAUAUGUCAUGUAAGAAAAUGAGGAGAGAGAUGGGAGGGUUGGCUCAUCAGAUUAUUUAUAUAGGUGUUUUUACAGACGGUAUUUUAACUAUUAACAUUUAGUUUAGAUAGGCUGCUUCAGCACGGUUCAUGUUCUUGUCAGACAAUGUUAUCACUGUGUUGUACUCUUUUUCAAAGAGUCUUGGGGAGUCAAAGGGAUAGAAGAAGGGAAGGCCUGUCAUGCUUUGUUCAUGUUGCACUAACCAGGCACUCUGCUCUGCUGGAUCGAAGUGUUAAAUAUAAAAGCCAAUUACAUUUUAUGGAGCCAUAGAAGAGAAUGCUCAUUGUUGAAAUCAAAGCCGGCAGAAGUUUGCUUUUUCUUAUGGGGAGGUCUUCCUGUAUUUUGAGAGGAUUAAUUCUUUUUUGUUUCCUCCAUAGAUCAAGGAUAUUUGUGCCAAAACGUGACAAUCAUAUAAAAUGCUUUUAAUUCACUGUGUAUGAGAGAAAGAAGGCAUUCUAAGCAUGCGUGCAACUCUGCACGGAUGUUUAUGUCACAGCAGGGAUUGCUGUUACGAGCCUGUAGGAUCGGACGGCUUCUAUGCUUGCCCCUUUCUUUAUCUGAGCCAGAUGUAGUGUCCUGCUGCAGGUAAGCACGCACCUGCUAGUGAAAAAGAAACAAGAGCGACACAGAAGCCUAUUUUGCACAUGUAGCUUUGCCUUAUGUCUCAGAUGUAUGACCAAUCACAGUGAGCAGAGGAGAACAGAUCCGCUCCUCAUGACCUCAUGUUGUGUGCUGUAGAUUUACAGAAUCUGUGUAGGCAAUGACGACUUUGUCUUUCAAGUUAAUUAGAAAAACAAUGAAGUCUGUAAGCUGUGUCCACAACCAUUUUUGACUCUAAAAAUCAGCAUCUUAAUGAGAGCUGUGAAUUGGACAAGCUUCAUGAGCAGCACGACAUACUUUGUACUGCAGCCCCUGCAUUCAUGUCUGGUUAAUCAUCAGUCACGAUUACCAUAAAAAGGUGGAACAAGUCAGUAGGACCAAACAGUUCGGUGAAGAAUCUAAGACCUGUCCAUCUCCCAUCCCAAAUCAGGCUGCUUUCUGAGUGCUCCAUUAUAUUCCACCUUGUUGGACAUUCCUGAUUGUGUCAGUGCUGGUGUAAUUCCACAGUGUCUUUAUGUACUUUGAAGUCAGGUACUAAACAUAUUUUUGUAACUGAAUUGCAAAUAUAAAGCAGUCUACAUUUUUAACAAUUAUAAUGCAUUCCCUUUGAAAUAUAGUUUAUGACCAAUUCUGUCAACAUGGUGUGUGUUUGUCUUAUUGUGAGUGGCUCCGGGUUUUGAACGCUUUCGACUCAUUUCAGGCCACACAUUCCUUCACCUUUUAAAGUUUUAGGCUUUCCUUGCGUCCAGUGCUUAAGUCAAAAUAUGUAAUGUUGGUUAGUGGGUCAGUUUGUUUCCUGAGAUUUAUUUUUAAGUUGAAUAAAAAAUAUGUGAAACUAAUGGCUUCUUUGGGGAAAAAAAAGUUUAUUUUUGAUUUUCAUACUAAAAUGUAUAUUACUGUGGCAAUAAAUAAAAAGCAUCUAUAAUUUAAAUACCCAAA